AUGAUCAAGGAGAAGGUAGCUAAACGGUACGACUUGUCCAGUAUUCGUCACGUGCUGGUCGGCUCCGCUCCAAUAAGUCCAGAACAGUGCAAGGAGUUUGUAGCUAAUUUUCCGAAUGUCUGUACUUUCUCUGAAGGGUACGGCUUGACAGAAACUUGUGGGGCUUCGCACCGGACCCCUCCUCUUCCAGUAAAUCAUCCCAAGAUUGGCAGCUGUGGUCAGCUGAUGCCCUACUUCGAAUGCAAGGUCGUUGAUCUGGACACUGGUGAAGAACUCGGUCCUUACAAAAGGGGUGAAAUUCACCUUAAAGGACCAAUGAUUUGUCUUGGCUAUUACAAGAACGCCGCUGCUUCAGCAGAGCUGAUCGACAGAGACGGAUGGCUGCAUUCGGAUUGCAUUACUUUCAAUCAUUUGGUGUCACCCUCUGAACUCGAGGCCGUUCUUUUACGAAACUCGAAGGUUCUGGAAGCGGCGGUGAUCGGUGUGCCGGAUACCACCUGUGGCGAAUGUCCCUUCGCCUGCAUUGUUCGUAAGGAUCCGUCGCUGACAGCCGAAGAAAUUUGCAUCUACCUUAACGAAUUGGUUGCUCCAUUCAAACGAAUUAAGGAGGACCACGUCCAUUUCAUAGAAUCACUUCCGAAAAACAAACUGGAAAAAAUUCAGCGCAAGGUACUGCGGAGAAUGUACGACGAAGGGAGGCUCAGAAGUAUACCGAAGUCAAAGAUUUAA